UAUUGCAGGAUACAGAACAAUAGUUGGUGCUCUGAAGCACACUUUAGAAAGGUCACAAGACAGCUGGUGCAGUGAGAGUGCUUUUUAUUUUCUUUAAAUUUGUGAUGGAUUCUGGUUUUCUCACCUUCAUUCUGGCUUUUUUCUUUGCAGUAUAUUCUUCUCCCACUGACAUCACAGACUGGGACGAUGUUGUGGUGGCCAGAGUGGGCAUGCCCACCACCUUGGUCUGUGCUGAUCAGACUGUGAGAGGUGCUGUGACCAUUAACUGGAAGGUUAGGCAACUCGACACGGAUGGAUGGCAGCUGGUUCUCACAGCCAGCGAAAAGACAAAGUUCUCUGGAGGUGCCUCGAAGCCAUCCAUGCGAUUGACUGACCCUAACUUUAAAGACACCGGGAAUUUCUCUCUGUCCUUUCAACCCGGCGUGGAUGACAGCGGUCUGUACUCAUGCUUGAUAGAGCAACAGGAGAGGAAACAGAGGGAGACGUUUAUCCUCCUGGCUGUCCUUGCAGUCUCAGUCGUCCCCGCCUCACCGGUUCCUCAGUACAGCACCCUGCGGCUGAUGGCCAGGGUUACUCCUAAUUCUGUCAGCACCAAAAUCAACUGGGUCGCCCCUGGAGACAUUUCCAUGAAGACUGAGAAAAAGACCAACUCGGGGACAAUAGCUAAACUGCCACAGGUCCAGACGAGCGACGGCGGCUCUUAUAUCUGCAUGGUUCAAGCCCGGGGAAGCGGCGGGAGAACUCUGUUUCCUUUCAAUGUGGAUGUGACUGUGGAUGCUGACAAAGUGGCCUCAUUCACCAAUAUAACACAUGGUCCCUUGAUCUCCACCACCACUCAGGCCCUGGCCUCCUUUCCCCUGACCUGUCCCGACGUGCAGGGGGACUACAUCCUGCUCCACUGGCUCCCGCCAGACAUGAAAAAGCACAGCGGUCUGAAGCUGGUGUACCAGUACGACCGCUGGAGGGGCUCCACUUUACUGACUGAGCAGAGUAAGAGAAUCCAGCUGGCUGGCCCACCGUACAACGCCGAGGCUGGGAGCUUUUCCUUUGUACUCACCCCGGGGCUCAGAGACGGCGGGCUGUACUUGUGUGAAGUGUACCUCAAUGACAACGUCUUCAGCCAGAGGACGCGGCUCACUGUGGUGAAAGUUAUAACUAGCCGGUCCUCCUCAAACCUGGAGCUGAAGUGUCUGUACACGGAGCGGUCCCAGGUGAAAAUCGCCAAGUGGAAACAUCACAACGAGAGUCGCCAGCUGGCCAUGUCGAGCAGCGACCCUGGCCGCAUCACCACCACCCUGCCUUUACCCAUCACCCAGGACACAGCGGGAAACUACACCUGCGUCUUGGAGCUGAAAAACGGGCGGGUCGUCCGGGCAACUCAAGUUGUCCCACUCCCUCCUGAAGUGAGUGUCAGUGUCACCCCCCCCUCCCUGCUCCCUUCUCUCUCUGCUUUAUUACUCCUGGUGCCCCUGGUUGCUGCAGCUGUCGGUGUGUUGCUAUGGAGACAGAAACACAUUUCUGAUCGCGGUAUUGAGCAGUCCUUGUCUGUCCAGCCAUGUGAAGCAGAAAACAUCUAUGAGAAUCCAGGAGAUAGACAGGCUGCUCCCCAGGGUUCAGUCUACAUGGAUCUGAAGCCAAGAGGAGAGGAUGAUGUCUAUAAGGAACUGGAGCGAUACGAGCUGUGUCAGAGCUGAUCACCUACCCACAUCUCAGCCUCAUCCAGCUGUCACAUCUGCUCAGUUCCCUGCUGCAGCAACAGCCCUUUAUAAACAGAAGUAACAACCAAAUAUCAGAGAUGGGACUUGAAGUAAACCUCAGUGCUUCAGGGAAAUGCUACUAUGUGACUUAUUUGUUGUUAGUAUUCCAAGCUUUUGCUGGAUGGAAGCUGUGAAAGGGAGUGGUUUUCAUAUAAGGCUUAAAAAAACCUUGUAUGAUGAUAAAUAUUUAUAUGUUUCGAAGAUUUUCAUAUAAAAUUAAUGUACCUGUAUCAUCUGUUUUACUUUAAAAAGUGUAUGCAUUUGUAUUCACGCAUUA